AUAGACCAGGGUUUAACAUUGAUGAACAUCUGCAUAACAAAGAAUUUCCGAUUACAUGCAAAUCUAAAAAUGCGGCGCAAACUCCUAAUACUGCCAUGUUACAUUCUCUUGUUUCCGGGAAUAUCUUAGGCAAGCAUAUUUUUUUCAUCUUUAGAUUAGAAUUAUUGCCCUCUGUUUAUACAUGGCGUUCUAGAGUUUUCUUAAUGAAACCAAUGAGAUAUAUUAUAAUAUAUUGUAAUCAUAAGAAUUUGAAUUUAUAAUUAAAAGUAAAUUUUCUUUUAUUUUGCAGAAAAUCGUGAAUCUCGCCAAAAAAUUAAAGAUCAAUCUACUAAAAUUACCUAUCUAUUGGGAAAAGCGACAGAACAGUCUGCUGAGAUUAAAGAGCUGAGAAAAGAUAUGAAUGAAGUACAAGAAUUGAACAAAAAUUUGAAAGAAAAAAACAAAGAGAUGAAAAGGGAUUUGGUCAAAGUUCAGGGAAUGAAUGAAAAGUUGUUGAAAGAAUUGAAUGAACAAAAGAAAGCUAACGAUAAGAUGAAAGAAGCAAUAUCCCGGAUUGAACAAAAACUUGCUAUAACAGAGAAGCCUCAGCAGCGUCAACCUAAAUCUAGACAGAUCACCCGCCCAACAAUCAAUACCCAAACAACAUUGAAGCCAACAAGUUCUCAAGAAAACUGCAAAUUGAAGAUUGGAAAUGUUUGUUAUUUUGUGAUCCUUGAUGAAGAUCAUCUCAUCAAUUACUACAAAGCAGUUGAGCACUGUAAGAAACGUAACGCAGAUGUUGGUUUGAUUCGAGAUGAAGAAUCUUACGAUGCGAUUAUGAAGUUUUUGAAGAGAAAUCUUCCAAAGAAAGAGUCAUGGAUUGAUAUAUGGACGGGAAACCACUUUGAUCCAAUCACGCCUGACGUCACACCUGCGAAUUCAUUCUUUAAAGAAAAUCUGUCUACGGGAAUUGAAUUUAAAGAUUGGACAAAUAUUUAUCUUAGUGUUCGAACCAACACGAAUGAUCGUUAUGAAGGGUUGUGGAAUACUAAACCUUCCUGGUUGUUUGAUGGAGUUCUUUGUGAGAUCCUGACCUAA